CUAGUGAGUGAUUCUAGUCUAGUGUUGAUAAACCCUUGGAAACCCUUGGAAGGUUUGAAUGGCGUGUUCGAGCGUGGUGUCUAGGUUAUCUUCUCGCCUGCGACCUCUGUCUCUCAAACUCAACAAAUCUUCACUCUCCUCAUCAUCCGAUGUCCCUCUCCUCAAAUCGACCUCUCACUCUCCUUCCUCUGCCUCCGCUACACGCAUUUCUCGCUCCUCAAGGUUACCAGUGGAGCUGAGCUGCUUGGAGUCAAUGAUGCCGUUGCACAGUGCAAUAGCUUCAUCUCGAUUGCUGUCGAGCUUGUCCAUAGAGGCUAAGUGCUGGGGAUUAAUUCCUCAAGGCAUCUCAAUGCCUUUAUGACAGCCUACAUGCAGCGACUCAUCCCGAGGCAGAUUUUCUUUUGAAUAGGAAUAUAGGUCUCAUGUUAUCUUUUUUCCUUCCUUUCUCAAGUCAAAAGAUUAUGAAAUCAAACUGUUUCCUUUGCUAUCAUAAAGGAGUAAAGACGUGAAUUGGCGUUUAAUUAGUCAGUUCUCUAGUUCCUUCUUUAAUGUCUCUCUACCGGCAGGAUCACUUGAAUGGUUAUUUGGUAUUGAAAAGUUUGAUGUACAAUUUCUUGUGAGAGAGUAAUUGACUAGAUUUUUGUUGCUCUUACUUGCAUGUUUCUUCCAGAAUAUCAUGCACUUCAUUUUUCA